GACAAAUGGUAAAUUAAUAAGCAAAUAAAAAUAGUGGAAUAGGAAUUUAGAAAAAAAACAUCUAUGAAUUAGAGAUAUCAAACAGAGUUUUUCCAAAAUCAAUUUUUUUUUGUAAAAAUUUAGUUUCUUUUAUUUAAAAAACAUAAAGUUUAAAAAAUAUGUUUUUUAAGAAAAAUCAAAACAAAACAGACAGUUAUUGCACAAAGAAGAAUUCCUGUGAGAAGCUCUCCUCUUACGACAAGUCCGGCAAUGUAUAUAAAAAUAUCCUCAAUCCGGGAAAUGUCUCGAUAAUCAACGAGAAAAAUUUAGAAGCGACCGUCAUGGGUCAAGAGCCCUGGCCAGAGGAUGCAAAGCUGUUCCAGCCUUACGAAACAGAGCAGAUACUUCUGCCUGACAGCGCCAACUGCCUCGCCGUCCAGGCUUUUCUGAAGAUGUGUCAGCUUAACUAUACAGUCGAAUACAAAGUGAAUGCUGAAGAAAUGUCACCAUCAGGGAAAGUACCAUUCAUAAAGUGUGGAGCUUAUUUAAUUUCUGAAUUGGAGUCGAUAACAAAUUUUGUCGCUAGUAAAGGCAUUUCGCUAACAUCCAACCUAGACGAGUCUCAAAAGGCAGACAUGAGGGCUUAUAUGUCCCUCGUAAACAUUGUCCUCGGAAAUGCAGAGAAUUAUGUAACCUGGUGUGACAAUGAAACAUAUUUAAAAGUCACUAAGCCUCGUUAUGGCUCAGUACAUCCUUUUCCCUUGAACCACAUCCUUUGCUAUCUCAAGAGAAAGAGCAUUUUGAAACGUCUUGCAGUUUAUGGAUGGGCUGAUAAGACUUUAGACAAGGUUUACGAUGAGGUCGACAGAGGUUGUAGUGCGCUUAGUGAACGCCUGGAAAAGUCAAGGUUCUUUUUUGGAGACAAACCAUGCGAAGUCGAUGCCACUCUUUUUGCACACGUUUACACGAUACUGACUUGGCCGAGCUUCCCAGCCGGCAUUCAGCUCGCGGACGUAAUUCGAAAGCAUAUUCACUUGGUGAACCACUGUAAAUCCUUGAUGCACCUCCUAAACUUGACAGAAGAUAUCGACAAGCCAUCUUACAACAAAAUGUACCUAAACCAAGUACUAGGUGACCCAAUGCUAGUUUCAGAGGGGAACAACGAAUUUGUUUAUAGUGAAAACGAAAGUAGGUUUGAAGGCCAGCCCCAAGAGGAGCAGGAUUAUUCAUGUAUGAUGAACGAGGAAAAUCAAAUCUAUGAUGCUCUCUUCAGCAAAAAUGAAAUCUUCAAACGAGUGCCUGUCAGGUCUUCAAAACUUAAUUAAUUUUAUAAUCAGGAAUUCAUAUCAUUCUUCAAGUUAUAUAAAACACCACACACAAUUCCGAGACUACAAUAAAAAAUUAUUAACUUAUGUCUUUUUAAA